AAGCGACAACAUAACUGCAAUAUUAUGCAGGGAAAUUUUGGGGAUAUUUUGUGAGUACUGGGAAUUUUCCAAAUGAUUUGUGAAAAUACGCAUAUGCUUGAUCGUGUUAAUGUAAUGGAAUCCAGCUUAGAUAAUUAUAAGCCCGGCGAUUUAUGUUUGGAUUGCAAGGAGCAAGGUGUAGACAACAAGCUACGCUUCUUCUACAUCAGUCUCGAGGAGCAGGUUCUAAAAUGCGAAUCCAGAACUUGUCUUUGGCCGCACAACGACGAAAUCUCGUCAGAUGAGGACGAAUCACCCGCGAUUGCAGUAUUUAAUAACUUUAUCUCACCACCUCUGCCAGCAUGCAAUGAAACUGCUAAUGCAUUGCCUGUGACGCCACCAGAGAAGCAGUGUUCCCUAAAUGACUUACGCAUUUCGCCGUCCUCUCCUUCUACUAAAAGUAAAGAUGAAAAGCGAAUCAAACCCAUUUCCAAAUCGUUGUCAGCCCUUUAUGCAAAUGAAUGUGCGGACACUUCUGUGGCGGAGCAAUCAAUAGAUAAUUUUAAAUGGUUAAAUCCAAACCUAUCGGCCGAAAAGCAACCGGAACCGGGAAGCAACACAAAUUACGACAUUCCUAUUACAGAAUUUGACAUUGAAGAUAUACUCGCUUUGCCCGAGUCUUCUGAUAAUUCCUCACUGGAUCGUCAAGAAAGCCUGCGAGAAAUAAUGGAACUGCUUGCAGCAACCGGCAAUGAAACUGCUAAAGCAUUCCCUGUGACGCCAUCACGAAAGCAGUGUUCCCUAAAUGACUUACGCGUUUCGCCGUCCUCUCCUUCUACUAAAAGUAAAGAUGAAAAGCGAAUUAAACCCAUUUCCACAUCUUUGCCAGCCUUAUAUGCAAUGCCGUCCACAUCAGCUACACCUGAAUGUGCGGACACGGCUGUGGCGGAGCAAUCAAUAGAUAAUUUGAAAUGGUUAAAUCCAAACCUAUCGGCCGAAAAGCAACCGGAACCGGAAAGCAGCUCAAAUUACGACAUUCCUAUUACAGAAUUGGACAUUGAAGAUAUACUCGCUUUGCCCGAGUCUUCUGAUAAUUCCGCACUGGAUCAUCAAGAAAGUCUGCGAGAUAUAAUAGAACUGCUUACGGCAAGCUCACCCCUGAAACAACCACCAUCGCCUGCCAAAACCGAAAUCGACAAAGAGCUUAUAAUAGAACCGGCAUCAAUAAUCCCUCGGCACGGUUCUUCUAGGUCAAACAUAUUCGUAAAGCCGCGAAAGGCGUCGACUUUGACAAAAAAGGAGAAAAAACCGACAAGAGAUAACUUAAACAUAAACGUGGUGUUGAAAUCAUCUAAUCCCACUGAAACAGAAGGAGAUGACUCUGUAAGCUUAAUCAAAGAUGAAUCAGAGGCAUCGUCUAAGGCGAAUCCUUCAGAUAUGCCUGGGACCGAUCUGACGCCUUUUAUGGCCGCCAUAAAUCGACAAUCUGAAAAUACCCGUCGUAAAAUUAGCAAUCGACGCAAACAUAGCUUCAAUAGAGGCAACAAUCCUGUCGGCGCAGCGGCGCUAAAGAGUCUGAUAAAUGACAUCGAAAGUACCAGACAAGCGGCUGCCCAACAGACCAAGAGCGUUCAAAAAUAGGUUUAAUUUAAAAGAAAGAAAUUUCCGCGCAUUUCAUUUUAAAUGUGUGUGAGUAUAUACAAUUCUAUAAUGAGAACAUUAAAUAGAAAUUGUAUUUUAAAAUAGUCGAACCUAAUUAAAUUGAGUCACUUAAAUUAAUGAGCAAUUUUCCAUAACAAUUGUUUAGUUAGCAUUCCUUAAAUAAAAAUACCUUCAAAUUUA